ACGAUAUAAAAGGGCUCGAGACGGCUUUAUCGAUUUCUUAUCAAUGUUCUUGACUAUUUCAUGUUGAAAUCCUAAAUGUCAAUUCACUCGAGCUUUUAUUUUACAUGAUGCGGUCCGAAACCGCCCCCGCCACCGUUCUCUUUACCAAUGGCCGCAUUCUAUCGAAGGCCGAUGUUGGCCUGAACGCCCAGCCUACGUUCGCGGAAAGCAUGCUUGUAAAGGAUGGCAUAAUUUCUGAUAUCGGCUCUGCUGUUAAUCUCACAGCGAAAUAUCAGCACGACAAUGGCAUCUCAGUCCGAGACCUGGAAGGGAAGACGGUCCUCCCGGGAUUUAUUGAUGGCCACAUGCAUCUGCUUCUUCUAGGGCAGUCCCUGCGAAAGGUCGUGUUGGACGAAUGCAAGUCACUGGAAGAAAUUCGAGACACGCUCCGGUCGUAUGCCAAAGAAAACCCUCAGUUACCAAGAAUCCUCGCCAGGGGUUGGAUGCUGGACUUGACGCCAGAUGGUGUCAAUACAGCGAUGCUGGACGACAUCGAUCCUCGCCCUAUUUUCAUUGAUAGCAUGGACUUGCAUUCAGUCUGGUGCAACUCACCAGCGUUAGAUGCGCUUGGAGUUGCCGACAUGCCAGACCCGAUGGGGGGGACAAUAGGGCGCGAUGAGAAUGGUAAACCGACUGGCCUUCUCAGUGAGGGCGCUGCAGUGGGCAUUGCCUGGCCAUACCUUAGCCAAGCGAUGACGAAGACUGAGAAGAUGGAGACUAUUAUGUCUGCUUUAAAGAUUUACACCGCCUCUGGAUAUACUGGGCUUAUAGAGAUGGCAAUGGAUGAGGUGGUUUGGGAUGCUCUUCUUACUCUCCGCGCUGAGCAACCAGAGCUCGCUAUGAGAAUAACUGCUUACUGGCUCAUCUUACCAGACUCUGAAGCUGCCUGCCGGAAGCAGGUAGAGCGAGUUGUCGAACUAAAGGAGAAGUACAACAGGGCCAACUCACCAGACCUGUGUAUCACGGGCAUCAAGCUUAUUUGCGAUGGGACCAUUGACGCCUGCACGGCACAUGUCUCGAAGCCGUACUCCAACGGGCUAUCGCCAGAUCCUCUCUGGACCAAGGAUGGACUGGAGGCGGUUGUCAAGCAAGCCGUGGCUUCAGGACUGCAAAUCGCUUUCCAUGCUAUCGGAGACGGUGCCAUCCGAAUGGCGGUGGACGCAAUUGAGGCACAUGCCGCUCCCAACAGCCGACAUCGCAUCGAACACUUGGAAUUCUCAGCCCCAGAGGAGGCCAAGAGACUGGGUGAGCUCGGCAUCACGGCGUCGAUUCAACCAGUGCACUGCGACCCGGUUCUCCUCCGCGACUGGCCUCGCCUCAUCGGUUCACACCGUUGCGAGCGAGCAUUUGCGUACCGCGAAUUCGCAGACAACGGCGCACUCCUCGCCAUCGGGAGCGACAGCCCCACGGCACCUUAUAACCCGCUGCACAACCUCUACACAGCAACAACGCGACGCUCAGCAAGGGAACCCGAGUCCACGAACACGGUGAACGAGCACUUUCGUCUAGGAGUUUGCGAGGCCAUCUCAGCAGCUACACUUGGUGCGGCGAAGAGCGUAUUUGCCGAGGAUCGAGUGGGCAGCUUAGACGUGGGCAAAGCGGCGGACUUUGUGGUGGUCGGCAUGGAGUGGGACGCCAAAAGCUUGCUCAAAGCGGAGGUUAAAGAGACUUGGUUUGACGGGAAGGGAGUCUGGAGCAUAUAGAACAGCUAAAGUGAAGUAUCAAAUGAAAGUCACCUUGAAAUCCAA